GAAACUGUUGUGCUAAGCUACGAGCUAACGUACAGAGCCAUGAUGUCCAAAAGGAAGUCCAGGAUAAAGCCUGUCGAAGAUGCAACGUCGUACAUUCUGUCUUCCAGAGACAAGCCAUGGUUUGCAGAAAGAUUUAUCAACAAUAUCAAAGGAAGAGGAGUGUUUGCUACCGAACCAAUUGAGCAAGGCUCUUUUGUGUUGGAGUACAGGGGUGAAUUCAUAUCAGUGGAAGAAUGCCGAUCAAGGCACUACUCAGAGACACAGAGUACAUUCCUGUAUGAAUUUCAUUGGCAGAAACGCCAGUGGUGUAUUGAUGCAUCCAAAGAAGAUGGGUCCCUUGGAAGAUUAGUGAAUGACAACCACAAAUCUCCAAACUGCAUCAUGAAAAAAAGUUAUAGUAAACAACAAGCCACAUUUUGUGUCUGUUUGCUGUGAAGAACAUAGA